UGGCUGGGAUUAGUUUUCACAUCAUAUAAUUGUGAGGAAAAUGUCAAGUAAUAUGCGAGCCACAAAGGCAGGACCUCAUGUUCUUGCCGUUGUUUUGCUACUUUGCACUUGUUGGAACGUUUUGGCUGCUUGUGAAGAAGAAUUGACUAACACCUGGACAAGAUUUUGGUGGUGGAAAGCAGGCACAAAAUGGCCUGCAACUGUAAAGGACGUUUUGCAGAAUUCCUAUGGUUCAUGCACUAAUACAGACUACUGCUUUCAGCGGUUGCCCGCCUGGACGAAGGAAAACAUGACCGAGUUGCUUGCUGUUGAUUCAGAAGGGACUAUAUAUAAAUGGAAAUUUGAUCCUACAAACCCAACAGCACAUGCGGUGUGGCGUGCACUUCAUGAUCAUCAAGAAACAGCGAAAGGCCAGAUCGUCAAUAAUAAGCCAUGGAAUCCAGAUACAGUAGAAGGCAAACCUCCAAAAGCACCCCAAGAUUCCUUUAUGUAUAGAGAUCAGAAUGGCGUAAAGUCUGUUCUUCUUGACGAUGAUAAUUGCGACUGUUUGUCUUCUCUUAGUUUUGGUCAUGGCAUGUGUGGUACAGGGCACAAUGUUCAAUACAGUAAAGCUGGUGAAUUUGGAGCAGACGCAUUGUAUGAUCCUAAAUGUCAUGGGCCUCGAUCAUCGAUUGGACUAUCUCUGUACUUUCGACAAGGAAAACAACUUCACUUGUCACAAUAUGGGGGGCAUUGGAAAGCAUUCUGGUGGUGGACAUCGGAUGGCACGUGGCCCACACAUGAAAAAGAUGUGUUGCAACAUGCGUACGGCACUUGCUCACAGUACGAUUAUUAUUGCUUUCAGCGGUUACCAUCAUGGACACAGGAAGAAUUUACUGAACUGUUAGCUAUUGAUUCAAAAGGAACUGUUUACCAGUGGAAAUUUGAUUCAACGAAUCCCACAGCCCACGCUGUUUGGAUCGCCCUCCAUGAUCACAUACCAACGCCCUUUAAAAAGAUACGUGAUUCAAAACCAUGGAAUCCCAAAGCUUUGGUUGGAAAGCCACCAGAGCGAGACCAAGAUUCUUUCAUGUACCGUGAUGUAAAAGGACUGAAGUCAUUUCUCUUGGAUGAUGAUAAUGGAGAUUAUUAUGCCACUCUCAGCAUGGGAUAUGCUAUGGAUCAAGAUCGUCCUUUCAAAGGCCUGGGGGUCGAUUACCUUUACGAUAUUAACGGUAUACCAGACGUAAGUAAAGGACUGACUCUUUACUUCCGAGCAGAUCACAGAAAGAAUGUUAGCAAAUACGGUUCGGGAUGGCGACCAUUUUGGUGGUUCUCAGCCGGUUCGACCUGGCCAAAAUGUAAGUCCUCUGAAGUCACCGACGUCCUUCGUGAUCCUUAUGGCACCUGCAAAGACAGCGACUCCUACUGCUUUCAGCGACUACCUGCGUGGGCAUAUGAAGAAAGGACGAGCAUAUUGGCUACCGAUAAUGCAGGAAACGUUUACAAAUGGAAAUUCAACUCGAACAAUCCUACUGCUCAUGCGGCGUGGCAAGCUUUUCACGGUCACAUCGAGACAGCUGCUGGCAUUGUCAAGGAUAAAACGCCCUGGAAUCCAGUUGUUAUUAAAGGAAAAUCGAUAGAUGUGGUCCAAGACUCGUUUAUGUAUCGCACGCAGGGUUCAACUAAAUCAUUGUUGCUUGAUGACGACAACUGUGAUUGUUUGUCAACAUUAAAUAUCGGAGGUUCACUUUGUGGUACUGGGUCAGGAAAGGGGGAUAGCUACGGAGUAGACAUUCUUUAUGACCCAACGUGUGGUGUCCCUAAACCUUCAAAUGGUCUUCGUUUAUAUUACCAAACCGAAAAAGAAAUGUCAUUUACCGAUUACGGCUUGGAGUGGACAGCGUUUUGGUGGUGGACAAAAGACGCAACAUGGCCGAUAAAUGAAAAGGACGUGUUAGAAUACAAAUACGGACAUUGCAAAGAAGAUGACAUCUAUUGUUUCCAGCGGUUACCAAAAUGGGCUGUGGAAGAUUUCACUCAUCUGUUGGCAGUCGAUACGGCCGGCAAUAGAUACAUAUGGAAAUUUGACUCUAGUAAUCCAACAGCACACGCAGUCUGGCAAGCUUUUCAUGAUCAUCAGGUUACUUUGGCCGAAAAAAUAAAGAACAACAAACCAUGGAACCCAGAAGUUAAAAAAGGAACCAAACCAAAGCAGAACCAAGAUUCGUUUAUGUAUCGUGAACAACAGGGUGUUAAAUCUCUUUUAUUGGACGAUGAUAAUUGUGACUGUUUAUCAACAUUAAGCAUGGGACACGGAAUGUGUGGUGCAAGUUUCAGUACUACAUAUGGACCGGUGAAAAGAUAUGGCGUUGACGCUUUGUAUGAUCAUCAUUGCAAUACCCCCCGUCCAACAGUUGGUCUGGCUCUAUAUUUUGCGACUUCUCGUCCAAUGACUCUGUGCACACAUGGCGGAAACUGGCUUGCAUUCUGGUGGUGGUCAGCAAAUACUCAAUGGCCAGCAACUUCAGAAGAGAACGACGUACUAGGCCAUGGGUAUGGCACAUGUGGCCCACGUGAUCAGUAUUGUUUUGGUAGGUUACCAUCCUGGGCUAAGGAAGACUCGACUGAGAUCUUGGGAGUAGAUUCUGCGGGAAAUACUUACAAGUGGAAGUUUGACUCAACCAAUCCGACUGCACAUGCAGUUUGGCAAGCCUUUCACGAUCAUAUAACGACACCUGCUGGCAAAGUAGUGAACAACAAGCCCUGGAACCCUGUUGUCCUGUCAGGAACAGCGCCCAAAGCACCCCAGGAUUCCUUCAUGUAUCGUGAACAAAAUGGAGUUAAGUCUAUCUUGCUUGACGAUGAUAACUGUGAUUGUUUAACAAGUCUCAAUAUCGGUCAUGGAAUGUGUGGGUCAUCACAUUCGACAAAAUAUGGUCCUGCAAACCAAUAUGGCGUUGAUACAUUGUUUGAUGGUGGAUGUCAAGUACCACGACCUAGUGUAGGUCUAACAAUCUAUUUCCGCACUAACUAACUGCUAGUUUGUACGCAAGUGUCACUUUUAUCUUGCUUUGGAACUCUUUUUGUCCCAUCAUGCAUUUAUCCGUCUAUAUUAACAUUGUAGCUAGUUUUUGAACGAACUGCAGUAGUAAAAACUUCGUCAGUAGUUUUUGUAGCACAUUUGUGAACAAUGUUGACUGGCUUUUACAGUCAUUUUUUGUUUAUUUAAUGCGCUUUAAAACAUUAUAUAUUCACGGUAUGGCUACGAGUUUCCGUGGCUUUUUUUCCUUCUAAUUACAUUGCUAAAAUUUUAAAUCAUGAAUUUGGUCUAUGAAUUUGCACAAAAUUUGAACCCGUCAAUGCAGACAAGCAGCGCCCAGAUUGGUAAAGACAAAAGGUUUAUAUUUCUGUGAUGCGUCAGCAAUAAUGAGAAUAAUUUCGCAAACUUUUAUAAGAAAAUCGUUUUAUAUAAA